GUGAGAUCUCGGGGCAGGACGAGGAGGGAGAUCCAAGCAGGAGGCGGGGAGCCGGCUGCUGUGGCAGAGAGCUCACCAUGGAGAACUCAGAGGACAAUACAACUGUGUUCUCUGCCUUGCGAUCUCUCAACAACUUCAUUUCACAGCGUGUGGAGGGGGCAUCUAGUCUGGCUGCACCAGGAUCACUUCCAAGUACCUUGCAUAUGCAGUACCAGCAGAGGGUUCAGUUAGAGGAACAAGCUGAGCAGAUUCAUUCCAAAUCUCAGCUCCUGCAAGUGGAACGGGAGAAGAUGCAGAUGGAGCUGAGCCACAAAAGAGCUCGCAUUGAGCUGGAGAAGGCAGCUAAUACUAAUGCCAGGAGUUAUGAGCGAGAGGCUGACCGUAACCAGGAGCUCCUCACGCGCAUAAAGCACUAUCAAGAAAAAGAAGUGGAGGCUGAGGCUAAGCUGAAGGAACAAAUGGAGAUUAAUACAUCUUAUAAGAAAAGCAUGGAGACUGUGAGCAAGAACCUGCAGGAGAAGGAGAGCAAGCUAACUGAAGCUAAUGAAACGAUCAGCAUCUUGAAAGGGAAAAUAUCUGACUUGCAGUGGCGUUUAAUGAAUCAGGAGAUGCAAAUGACAAGCCACGAAUCUCAGAAACAGGAACUGAUGGAACAGCUGGAUAUGCAACACAACAAAUGUCAGGAGGCCAACCAGCAAAUCCAGUUGCUGCAAGCAAGCCAGUCUCUGUUGGCAGAACAUGAACAGAAAAUUAAGGAUCUGGAACAGAAGCUCUCUCUGCAGGAACAAGAUGCUUCAAUUGUGAAGAAUAUGAAAGCAGAACUCGCCCGAUUCCCAAAGAUGGAGCGGGAACUGCUCCAGCUCAGGGAGGAUAAUGCCUACCUCAGGGAAAUGAAGGAAAACAAUGGGUUACUCAGAGAGGAGGUGGAAGGUCUCCAGAGGAAACUUGAGCGCUUUGAAAAGGUUCAGGCAGAUCUUGUGACCCUUGAAUUGGAAAAUGAGAAACUUCUGGGAAAGUUGAAAAGCUGGGAAAAACUAGACCAAAGCACUGGCUUAAGUAUCAGAACCCCUGAUGAUCUCUCGAGACAGAUUGUUGCCCUGCAGCAGAGGGAGCUUGUGUUGAAAGAGCAGAACUGUACCAUCACAAACAGUGCCCGGAUAUUAGAGAAGGCUCGGCAGCAGCUACAGGAAGAUAUAUUACGGAUCCAGAGUCAGCUACUGGAUGAGAAGAAAAAACGUGAGCAUCACGAAGCUUUUGUCAGACGCUUGCAGAAACGAGUGCUACUGCUUACAAAGGAGCGUGAUGGAAUGAGAGCAAUUCUGGAGUCAUAUGACAAUGAGCUGACCCCAUCAGAACACUCUCCCCAGCUGAGCCGGCGCAUGCGUGAAGCAGAAGAAAUGGUGCAGAAGAUGCAUGCGCACAAUGCUGAGUUAGAGGCUCAGCUGUCCCAAGUUUUGGAAGAAGUGGGGACCCAGAAACAGAGAGCAGAUAUGUUGGAGGUGGAACUGAAGAGCUUGAAGUCUCAGGAAUGCACAGCAGCUCACAGCACCUUCAUCACUACUGAGGAGGUUAAAGCGCUCAGGUUAAAAAUUGAGGAGUUGGAGGCUGAGCGAGGGCAUCUAGAAGAAGAGAACAAAUCUCUGGAAAUGAAACUGGAGAAGCUCACUCUUCAGGGUGACUAUGACCGCAGUAAAACCAAAGUGCUUCACUUUAGCAUGAACCCAGCCAGCCUGGCUAAGCAGCAGCGAAAGGAUGAACAGCACCAGCUCCAGGAAGAAUGUGAGAAGCUGAGAGAGAUGGUCAGGGUCCUGGAAGGAGGAGGUUCUAUCCCUGAGAAUCUGGAAAUAGUUGGAAGUUUGCAGUCACCCCAAGAAGUUGCAGAGCUGAAGAAGCAAGUGGAAAGUGCCGAACUGAAAAACCAACGACUUAAAGAAGUUUUCCAGACCAAGAUCCAGGAGUUUCGCAAGGUAUGCUACACACUGACGGGAUACCAGAUUGACAUCACUACUGAGAACCAAUACCGGCUCACCUCCAUGUAUGCUGAGCACCAAGGAGACUGCUUGCUUUUUAAGGCCUCCAGCUCCUCUGGUGGGAAGAUGCAACUUCUGGAAACUGAAUUCUCUCUGACAAUUCGUGAGCUCAUCGAUCUGCACCUGCUGCACCAGGACAGCAUUCCAGCAUUCCUCAGCGCCGUCACCCUCGAACUCUUCAGCCGCCAGACUUGUGCUUAACCCUCACUGAAAGCUAGCCUGGCACCUUCUAGAUGUGGCUCAGGACUGUCGUUUCACCGCUGGCCUGCCUAGUGCAGUGGAAAGGGGAUCCAGGAGCUAAUCAGGCCAAGUUCUUUUGCUUCUGUUGCAUACGGUUGCUUCCCAUUUCUUUUACAGUCCCCUCUCUCCUUUUCUCCCCAAACACAUCAUGGCUGUUUGAAGAAGCAAUUAAGAUUCCCACAAUACAGUUUCCAGGGGAGAACAAAAAUAACUCCAGGUCAGAGCUCCCUUUUGCCAGCUGUCCACCUCCCUAUUGAACAUUGAGACCUUUUUAUUAAAUUGUCAGCUUCUUAUGUAGCCUGUCUCAGCAGGAGUCACUAUAGAGAGGGCAGGAGAAUGUUGACUUUGGGGAGCUCACAGCUGCUCAAGUCCCAGCUUCUUGUAGGUGGAUCCUGUUGAAUUGGGUCUCAACCUCUCCUACAUGAAAGCUCUUUGAAGCUCAGCGCACAGGCUAUAGGGGAAAUGACAGCUUGAGCAGCCACCAACUAAUGAGGGUUGGCUUCUGGGAGUGCAGGACAAUUGUGGAGGACUGGAGUCAUGGCUAGUGGGGCCCUUUGGAUACAGCCUGCUCUCAUAGACAGCUCGCUGCUCAGUGAGAGUUGAGAACCGUUCAAGACAGAAAGCUUUGCAAGAUCAUGUCCUUCAUAGCUGGUUUGUCAGAACUCAGCACCUGUGUGGACCCUUCUCUCUUCCCCCUCUUACGCUAAACGCCCAGUGCUUAGACAUCACUGGAGUGCUUUUCCUUCCUUGCACAAGACUCUCGGGUUGCUUGGCUAUUUCAGGCUAUUUUUGGGUGUAACCGUCACCACCUCUCUCUCCCGACUGCAGAGGGAUCUUUCUGACAGCUCUGAAAGGCUGUACUGUAAUAGAGGGGCUGGUUAGUUUGUUUUUCAGAUUAAAGUAUCACUUUCCCA